CACACACACACAGAUUACAGUAUUAAAGCUGCUUCUCCUGCCAAGUCUUCACAUGCUCGACUAAUGUCUGCCAAAUCACGGAGACUGAGAUCAUGACUGAAUGUGACGGAUCAGCAGGAGGGAGAACAAACGUUCCCAGUAAGACCCUGCUGAUGGCGGUUUGGGCAGCAGGAAUUGGAGGAAGUUUUCAAUAUGGUUACAAUCUGUCUAUCAUAAAUGCUCCAACCAAGGACGUGCAGCUCUUUAUUAAUCAGACCUGGAUGCAGCGUUAUAACACACAGAUCUCAGCAAACCUCCUCACACUGCUCUGGUCCUCCAUCGUCUCCGUCUUCACCAUCGGGGGUUUAGUGGGAGCUUUAGUUGGAGCCUCACUAGCCGUGCGCUAUGGAAGGAAAGGAACGCUUCUGAUCAACAACGCGUUUGCUGUGUUAGCGGCGGUGCUGAUGGGCCUGAGUUCACUUACUUCUGCAUUCGAACUGCUCAUCGCCGGCCGUUUCAUCUGUGGGAUAAAUGCAGGUGUAGGGAUCUGCGUCCAGCCGCUGUACCUAGGGGAGAUCGCCCCCCGGGCUCUGCGUGGCGCCAUGGCGAUGGGAACGUCCCUUUUCCUCACAGGAGGGAUUCUAACAGGACAAGUGAUGGGACUGACUGAACUAUUGGGUGGAGACUACUGGCCUCUUCUCUUCGUCUCUCCGUGUGUUCCUGCUGUUCUUCAGCUUGUUUUCUUGCCUCAGUGUCCUGAAAGUCCACGAUAUCUGCUGAUCGACCGAGCCGAGGAAGCCGCAUGCACCGCCGCUCUGAGGUGGCUCCAUGGUGCAGAACAUUUCCAGGUUGAGAUGGAGGACAUGCAGCGAGAGCGGAUCAGUGCUGAAGCCAAAAAGCCCUGGCAGGUUUUUACUGAGCGCGGAACUCGCUGGCCGAUCUUCAUCAGCAUCAUCAUCUGCACAGCGCAGCAGCUCAGUGGCAUCAAUGCUAUUUAUUUCUACGCAGAAUACGUCUUCAGUGAAGCUCGAAUCCCGGCUAAAAAUAUUCCUUAUGUCACGGUGGGAACCGGAGCGUGCGAGUGUAUAACAGCGCUGACGUGUACGUUGCUGAUAGAGCGUUUGGGAAGGCGAGCCCUGAUCAUUGGAGGGUACUCUCUCAUGUCCUUGUGGUGUGUCUGCUUCACUCUGACACUCAGCUUUCAGAAGUCCAGCUCCUGGGUGCCGUAUCUCAGCAUGAUCUGCAUCUUCGCCUUCAUCCUCAGCUUCGGCCUCGGACCAGGUGGCGUAACAAACAUUCUGAUCACAGAGCUCUUCACUCAGACCACUCGCCCUGCAGCGUACAUGAUCGCCGGCUCGGUCAACUGGCUCAGCUUCUUCUUCAUCAGCAUGCUGUUCCCCUUUAUAGUGAAUGGACUGCAGCAGUUCUGUUUUCUUGUCUUUUUGGUGAUCUGUUGUUUUGUAGCCGUAUUCAUCUUCUUUUUUGUGCCAGAAACUAAAAACAAGACGUUUCUGGAGAUCCAGUCUGAGUUGUGCAGAGAGAGGAGAAAAGCAUCUCAGGUGUCUAAUGGAGUAGACACGCCUCAGGUGUCCACCUCUCUGUGACCCUCCAGUGUGUCCCUGUGACCUGGACGUGGUUCCUCCCGUGUCACAGCACGUUUAUAAUCACGCUUUAUAUGACUGAUACACAAACAUGCAAGUUUUAUGAUAAAAUGUACAAACCUGAAGUUGCCUGAACUAUUUGAGUGGAAAUUGUUUAAUUAUUGAUAGAUUAUUAACACUUGCUUUAGUGAUGUUGUGCUUCUGAACCGAUCUCAGAACAGCAUGAAGGCGUGUUUUAGAUGUCUUACAGCCCAUGAACACUCAUGUUUUACGCUUUUAUUUAAACUCAAUUAUAAUUCUGUUAAGAGUGAAGAGAGAGAGAGAGAGAGAGAGAGAGAGAGAGAGAGAUUUCUUUGGAGAUUCCCAGCUGUGUGUCUAAACAACAAUCUGAUCUCUGUGGAAAUCAGACCUUUCAUUGGAAUCGUCUCUUCUUACUAAUAUUGGUGAUCCAUGAGCCAUGUGAUCCUCCUGUCCACACAGUCACACCUUAAAUCCCAGUGCUCCCACUGCACUAACAUUUUACCAGCUACCUAUAAAUUACAGAUAACAGUAUUAUCAUCAUUAAUAAUUCUAUGAUUAUUAUUAUUAUACUUCAUUUAAUCAGUUGAAUCAGACUCAUCCACACUG